AUGAUCACUCAGAAGGGAACGACAUCUUUUUUUAUGGAGGAGAAGAGUGCUGUAGGUGCAGGCCCCUCUGUUGUAGAGACCUUUGUACCAACAGAUGCCAUCGGAGUCUGUCGUAGCCCACUCGGGAUGGAGUCUGGUGUGAUACCUGAUGAGAGUAUCACUGCGUCCUCGCACUGGGACGCCGACCUCGUGGCCAACAACGGCCGGUUAAAUGCGGUUGAUGGUUUCGGUGCGUGGGCAGCAGCUAACAGCGCCGUCGGGGAAUUUUUGCAGGUUGAUUUUGGACACAUGAAGCGUGUUACGGGCACCAUCGUACAGGGUCGCAACGUCGGGGUGGACCAGUGGGUGACGUCCUACAAACUACAGUACAGUAGAGAGGCGACGACUUGGGCGACAUAUACUGUCAACGAUGGCUCAGAAAAGGUGUUUCCAGGCAACACAGACAGAAGUACACCUGUAAUGAACCUACUGGCUACCGACAUUGAUGCUCGUUAUGUGCGUUUCGUGAUUCAGACCUGGCAUAAUCACGUUAGCAUGAGGGCGGAAAUUCUAGGCUGUAACAUCGACGGUAGGUUUCUGAGUAAAUCAUAA